AAACGAUCGUUUCGAGGUUUUUCUAAAAAUGAUUACAAUCGUGAUCUGUUACAUGCUACUAAGUUUCAUCUUGAUAUUUGGCGGAAUGUAUUUAGUUCUUGAACUAGAAGAUUUGUACAAUCAUUUGAAACUUGGCAGCGCGCUCAGCUUUUUCUUGAUGGCGGCUAUAAAAUAUUUUAUUCUGAUCGUUCGCGAGAACGAUAUACGAAGAUGUAUAAGUUGCAUCGAGAUCGAUUGGAGGAACGUCAAAUAUCUCGAAGAUAAAAAGAUUAUGAUCGAGAACGCAAAUUUCGGACGUAAACUGAUAAUGAUUUGCGGUGUCUUUAUGUAUGGCGGCGUUAUUUUCUACUACAUAGCCUUGCCAAUGACACGUCAAAAAAUUUUUGACGAAGAGAAAAAUAUCACGUACAGAUCUCUCGUAUAUCCUAUACCGAAGAUCGUGGCGGACGCUCGUUUAAGUCCACUCAAUGAAAUUUUUUACAUUCUUCAACUCUUUUCCGGUCUCGUCGCUCACAAUAUAACCGUAGCUACCUGCGGUCUUGCCGCACUUCUCGCGAUGCAUGCUUGCGGUCAACUUGAAAUACUCAUGUCCUGGCUUGAAUAUCUUGUCGACGGUCGAGGGGAUGUCUCGGACUCGCUCGACAAGAGGUUGGCUGAUAUCGUCGAACAGCACGUGCGUGCUUUCAGUUUCAUAAAACGCACAGAAGAAAUAAUACGAGAAAUAUCUCUCAUUGAAUUAGUGGGAUGCACAUUGAACAUGUGUUGCCUCGGAUAUUAUUGUAUGGUGGAAUGGGAUAUUAGACGACCACUCAAUAGUUUUACUUAUUUAAUAUUACUAACAUCGGUCACGUUUAACAUCUUCAUAUUUUGUUACAUAGGCGAAGUUCUUGCCAAUCAGACUGUGAAGGUUGGCGAAAAAUCUUACAUGAUAGAUUGGUACCGAAUACCGGAAAGAAAAAGUCUUGCUCUAGUAUUGAUAAUUAUGAUGUCUAAUUCGUCCACCAGACUGACCGCUGGCAAUUUUAUUGAAUUAUCUAUAAGUAGUUUUUGCGACGUUAUUAAGUCAGCUGGUGCCUACUUGAAUAUGCUUCGUACGUUUGCAAUUUAAAAUACAUUACUCAUGCUAGUAAAGACCUGAUUCAAUAGUUAUUAAAUUGUUUGCUUUUGAAAGAAAGCAACGAGGAAAAGAAAAAAAGAAACAACAUUAUCUGUCUUUUAAUUUGUAAUCAAACCGUAUUUUCAAUGUUCGUUUUAACAGACGCACAUUCGCUUUCCAAUAAUCAGGAUCGAUAAUUCUAAGUAUUGAAACGACAUGAUAAUAUCAUACUUGAUAAUUCGCUUUAGAACAGUAAUUGAUUGUCGAUAAAUUGUGCGUGCGUGACUGAGAACAUUGUUUCUAUGUACUUUUAUAGAAUCCAGAAACUGAAUAAAUAUAAGCUAUCUGUGAAACGUGAUCGCGAUAGGGAAAUAAUAUCCACGUGUAACGUAUCGCAUAGAAGGGUCGAUCCCUUUUGCGGAAACAACUUUCUUCGUUAUGCACGCCUGCGGACAGUUAAACAUUUUAAUUAAAGAAAUGAAGAACGUUGUUAAAACGACAAAUGAAAUCGACAAAAAG